ACCCAAUUUUACAAAAAGAGUUUAGGAUAGCUAAUCGCACACUUGGAUUUGACCAUAUUUAUGUUAUCCACCUUGAUUAUCGAACGGAUAGACGUGAAAGAUUAGAUGAAAUAUCAUCCUACCUUGGGUUAGACUUUGAUUAUUUUUCUGCCGUCUCAAAAAAUGAUGAACAAUUUCUCAAUAGAUUUGGGUCCGGAGAUAUGGAUCUUCCUCAAAAAGCUUGUUAUUUAAGUCAUUAUUUAAUCUAUAAAGAAAUUAUUGAUAAAGGAUACGAUAGUGCCUUAAUUUUAGAAGAUGAUGUGGACUUCGAGCUUAACAUUACUGCUAUUAUGACUGAUAUUCAUCAUGACCUACCUCCUUCUUGGGAAACGUUAUACAUAGGCAGUUGCUUUGAAUCUAUGGGUGAACAAGUCGGGAAAGGUUCUUCUGUCCAUAGAUUGUAUAAGUCUGUAGCUCCAAUGUGCUUGCAUGCUUAUGCUGUUUCAUAUUCGGGUGCUCAAAAGCUUUUAGAACUGCUUGAUCCUGAAGUUCCACUUGGGACGGUUGAUUAUUCUCUCUCAGAGGUAGUUAGAUAUGGGAAAGUCUCUUCAUAUAGCGUUCAUCCACAACCUAUCGUGCAAUGGAAAUCUACUGAUAAUCCUUCUGAUAUCCCUAAUUCUCAAUUAUUAUCCUUUGAUUUAUUGAAUUCAACUUUACGAUUUCUUGGAUAUACAUAG